AUGUUGAAGUCACUGGCCUUUGUGGCCGCCCUUCUGGGUGCCGUCACGGCCUCGCCAACAAUGGCCCGCCACGGAGAUCGAUCACUCGAGCCACGAGCGAGCACAUCCUUCUGGUAUGCUGCCAUGGACCACACUGGCCAGUACAGGGGCUAUGCUCCUCACACGACGAGCCCCAGCUCGUACAACGUCUUUGUUGCUGUAAAUGCCGGCGAUGGGGGUUCUCUUCAGCGUGCCAUCGACUCGGCCUCCAGCGGCAACCGACAGAACGAAUGGCUGGCAUCUCAGCCUCGAGUUGUGUAUAUCCCUCCCGGAACUUAUACGCUGCAGAGCACCCUCAACAUGCGAACCGACACCAUCCUCUUUGGUGAUGCCACCAACCCUCCCAUCAUCAAGGCUGCGGCUGGCUUCAGCGGCAACUACCUUAUCAAUGGCCAGGAUCCCUCCACGGGCGUCUCUGGCGAGCUUUCGUUUGCAGUUGGACUGAAGAACCUCAUCCUGGACACCACGGCCGUUAGCGGAACCUCUAGCAUCUCUGCCCUCUACUGGGGUGUUGCCCAGGCUGCCCAGCUGCAGAACGUCAAGAUUGUUCUUGCGCCAUCCAGCGGUGGCAAGGGCCACACUGGUAUCCAGCUUGGUCGUGGAUCUACUCUUGGACUUGCCGAUGUGCGAAUCGAGAAUGGCCAGAACGGUAUCUGGCACAACGGCCACCAGCAGGCUCUCUACAAGAGCAUCUACUUCUACAAGAACACCAUUGGUAUGCUGAUUAGCGGUGGUAACACCAUCACCCUGCUGAACCCGACCUUUGACACUGUCGGCACUGGUGUUUCCAACACCGGUGGCAGCCCCUUCAUCGGUAUUGUCGAUGCCAAGUCGAUCAACUCCGGCGUCACCUUCUCGACCACUGUCUACCCCUCGAUUGUCAUCGAUAACCUGACCAAAGACACGACCUCCGAUGUCGUCGUUCUCCGCGGCUCAACGGCUGUUGGUUCCUCGAGCCACGUCGUCAACUACAGCUACGGAAACACCGUGGGCCGCAACCCCAUCUACGGCGCUGUUACCGGAACCACUGCCCGUCCCAGCACCAUUGCCCCCGGCGGCCGCAUUCCCGCCAUUCCCGCGCCCAACUAUGCCCAAAACCCGGUCACGGACUUCAUCAACGUCAAGGACCCUAGCCAGAACGGCGGGCAAACGGUCAAGGGCGAUGGCAGCACAGAUGACUCGGCUGCUCUUAACAAGGUGCUCCAGUUUGCUGCUGCCAACAACAAGAUUGCCUAUUUCCCCUUCGGAGACUACCGCGUCCUGUCCACCCUUCUGGUUCCCGUCGGCUCUCGCCUUGUUGGUGAGGCUUGGGCGACCAUCUCCGGUGGCGGCAGCUUCUUCAAGGACGCCUCCAACCCCAAGCCCGUUGUCAAGAUCGGCAACGCUGGCGAUGUUGGCGUUGCCCAGCUGCAGGAUUUCCGCUUCACCGUCUCUGACGUCCUUCCCGGCGCCAUCAUCGUGCAGUUCAACGCUGCUGGUGGCAAGGCUGGCGAUGUUGCGCUGUUCAACUCGCUCAUCACCGUUGGUGGAACUCGCGGUGCCGAUGCCCUGACCAACGCUUGCACCAAGGCCAACGCCGAGUGCCAGGCUGCUUUCCUCGGCCUGCACUUCACCGAGAACUCGUCGGCCUACGUCGAGAACACCUGGAACUGGGUUGCCGACCACAUCACCGAGGGCUUCAGCGGCGGCUCCAACAUUGCUGCCAAGGGCGGUGCCCUGGUCGAGUCUAAAAAGGGAACCUGGUUGCAUGGUCUCGGCAGCGAGCAUUGGUGGCUGUACCAGCUCAACCUUCGCUCUGCCAGCAACGUGGUUGUCUCUCUCUUGCAGAGCGAGACCAACUACGACCAGGGUGACAACACUCAGCAGGUUCCCCCUGCGCCAUGGAAGGUCGAUGUCGCCGGCUGGGGUGAUCCCGACUUCUCUUGGUGUGACAGCAGUGCUCGUUGCCACAUGGGUCUGGCCAACUAUGUCCAGGGCGGCUCCAAUAUUUACUACUUUGGCUCUGCUUCUUGGGCUUUCUUCAGCGGCCCCGGAUAUCAGGGUUGCGCUUCUGGCGGUUACCAGUGCCAAGAUUACAUGCACGUUGUCAAGACUACCCCCACUAACCUCCAGAUGUACGGCAUGUGCUCCAAGGACACCAAGGUCGCUAUCCGAUUGGGCACUGGUGUCGACAUCAACGCCCAGGACGGCUUCACUGGAGGCUGGAGCCCUGGUGGUGAUGUUGGCCGCUACACAACCUAG